AUGGACGACAUUAUCAUCCUCUCAAAAACCCUCACCCUCACCCCCCAAAACCACUCUCACCAACUAACACCCUUGGACGACGACCAGAUUCCCCCCCUCAAAACCCUCACCCUCAAGUCUAGACCCCUAGCAAGCCACGCCCUCACCUUCUCCUGCGACGCAGAACUCGCCGUCGCCGCCGACGACUCGAUCAAUGUCUUCCUCCCCGAGUUCCCAACCCCAGAGGAGCCUACCGCAACCAAACACGAGCCACCCAAGGACGACAACGAUGAUCUCCAGGCAGCACCAGGAGCAGACGAAGAUCCCGCCGGCGUAGCAGCAGCCCUCCUCGCUGCCGCAGACGCCCAAGAUGGCGAAAAGCUCUACCGCCAACAAUUCUACACCUUCCAGCUCCGCAUCCCGACAUCGCGUAAACCCGACCCGCGCAUGAACGCCGCGCUCUUCGCCGCGCGAGGACUCCCCGUGCCCUCCUACGACGACGACUGGGCCGCCUCAGCCGGUGCCGAGGGCGCUGGUACCAGCGGCAUCGGCGGCGAACCGGCGGUCCUGGACCCGUCUUCCGCAUUCGAGGGCGUCGGCUCCGGUACAGUCACAGGCUACGGCGCUUCGCUGAACCAAGUCGUCGCGAUGGAAUGGUCCCCCGGGAACCUAGGCCGGAAUCUUAGAGCGGUGUUGACCGUGAUGCUGACCAACGGCGCGCUCCUCGUCAUCGGCGAGGGCAGCGGUAGUAGUGGCGGUAGGAGCAGCCACGAACCCGUCGACCUCGGCGCUCGGAUGAGGAAUUUCAGAGACUGGCGGAUCCUGUGGGGCGUGGGCGCGAAUCUGCCGCUGCCGGACCCGGAUGCCGAGCGGGACGAGGCGUACUUACCGCGGGACAAAGUCAGGUCGUUCUCGUGGGCGAGGAUGAUUGGGACGGGCCAGGCGCUGUUGGCGUACGCAACGGACCAGGAGGAGAUUGUGGUGUUGAGCGCGCAGUAUUACCUCCCCAACGAGAUGGAUGAUGCGUCGGAUGCUGGGUCGUAUGUGUGGGAGGUGGAGGAGGUUGCGCGGUUUGAUGGACGGGGACCGCAUCGGAGCUUGGGCGUCCUGGACCCCGAUUACAUCCCCUACACCUCAGCCUUCUCCCUAAAAUGGAGCCCCUGGCUACACUCAGGCGACACCCGGACCGCCAUCCUCUCCUACUGCGCGCGAAACUACGUCGGCUUCCGCCGCAUCACAAUCCCGGCGGACUGGAAGCGUGGUGCCGCCGUUGAUAUCGCCGUUGAGGAAGCGGACGUCACGGGCAUCUGCACGAAUCUGCUCUCCGACGCGUUCGUCGAGUGGGAGGACGCCGUCUGGGACCGCGACGACGUCAAAGUCUGCCGGGGCGUCAUCGCGUCCCCGUUCAAGGCCUUGCCUUUUCAGGUUGCGCUUAACGGGCCCGAGGGCACAGCCAAGGAGCCUCAUGGUACUGGGGUUUGCAAGACGACGUUUCCUGAGGAUACGACGUCCGUAGAUGCGACGAAUCCCAUUACGAGUCUCAUAAUCCACCCCCCAAACCUCUCAAAACAAACCAAAGCCCCAGGCUACUCCCUCAUCCGCCUCUCCGCAACAGCCACAAAUGAUAACUGGUUCCAGCAAAGCACCGCCGACGGCGCCGCCUCGCCUACCCCAGACUCCCUCCCCAAAUGGGCCGAAACAAUCUCCUCGACCGUCAAUCUCUCCGUUCCCGUCACAAUGCUCGGCCGCGGCGGCGGUGGCGCCGGUGCAGUAGGCGGAGACGGCGAGUCCGUUGCGUCGGGAGACGAUUCAGAUUCGGAAGAUGAUGAUGACGAUUUCGAUUUACCCGAGGACGCGGGCGAGCAGAUUCAUCCGCACCGCGUGCGUAUGUGGGGCAUGACUAUGACGCCUGCUGGUGGGAUGAGCGCUGUGUUGGUGUCACAGCAUAGUACGCAGAAGCCGGAGAAGACUGUCAAGACGAAGGUCAUGUUUGGGGGCCGGGUCGGCAGUGGUGGAACGGCGGCGGCAGUGACGGCGGGUACUGGCGAUGAGAUGGAUGUUGAUGGAGGGGACGAUGGUGGUAGGGCGAGUAGGUUGCGGUACUGGGAGAAGCAGAGCACCGAAGCCAAGAUGUGGGAUUGGAUGUAUGCUGGGGGGCCUGCUGUUCCCGGUACGCUGUGGGGUGGUACCGGGGAUGAGGCGAGGGCGGGAGAUGAUGAUUCGUUGCGGAAGAGGUUUGAGGAGGUCAAAGGGAAGCAGACGUGUGUGUUUUGUCAUGCUUCUCUUAUUGAUGAGGGUAAGGAGUCGAUUUGCGAAAAGGGGCAUAUCUUUGCUACCUGCGCGUCAACUGGCCUUGCUAUCCUCGCGCCUGGCAUCUCGAGAGCCUGUGCUGUUUGUGGUUUGCGAUGUCUUGUGGCUAAGGAGGUGAUCAAGAUUGCGCAGGAACACAUGGGCCCGGAUGCCAAGGUCGAUGCUUCUGAGGAGGCGUGCGGUGGAUGUGGUGGCAAGUUUGUGGUGUAG